GGAAAUAAAAGCUUUCUAUUUGAGCAAAAAGGUAAAGCACUAUGUAGUCAUCUUUUUUGGCGUUCGUGGCACAUCAAAACAGACCUCACGAAAGCAAUUAAUAUUCCUAUAUUAUUAGGAUAACUUUGCAUAAUUAAAAUUACAUAAGUGUACAACAGCUGAAAACACAGCAUUAAAUACAGCUUUUAAAGUCUAAUUUUUACCAUGUGAUAACCGUAUCAAAUUUUGCGAAUAUUUUGUGAGACUUGGCAGUAGAUGGCGCUCACCUUUACUAAAAGUCUGAGCAGUGCCUGAACACUAACAGGCACUUAAGAAUCCAGCUCUGAUGCCAGGCAAUCCGUGUCCAGGUCAGGUCACUUUUCUAAGUCUCAGUUUCCUCACUGGUAAUGUGGGGGUGGGGGCCGCCCCAAUGGCCUCGCACCUCAGACCGCUUUUGAUUCUCUGGCUACAGUGGUGGAGUUGAGACAGAUCGGCUGCUGCAACCGCCGCCUGAAAUAGCAAUUCGGAAAAGUCAGGUUGGGAAAGUGACAGAGUAGACGCCCUGCGGCUCUGACCCGGGCGGCGCCUCAGCUGCCCACACUAUGUGGGCGGCAAAGCACAAACUCCUUAACCACGUGGUGCCUCCAUUCCCCUAGGGAGUCGCAUCACAGGAUAACUUCUAGCAAAAUCAAUCUUCAAGAAAAAAGGAAGGGGUCCUGCGGAAGAUACAAGGAAGCACUCUAGGCAACCGCAGCACAGCACAAACUUAGUUCUUGUGAGCCGCACAAAACCAACUUCCGCCCCAGCGGAGCUGCGUCCGGAAGGCGCGGCCCCGGAGGUCACGUGGGGCCGCGGAAUUAUGGCCUGUCGGGGCGCUCAGGUGGGAGCCGUAGGCCACGUCAUGUCGGCUGUUCCAUGCAAGUCAGGGUGGGGGCCGUCCCUAUCGCAGCCAUGAGACAAGUCCAGCUGCGUCGUGUGUGGUAAUCUGAGGACAAGAAGAACGAUUUGCAGAGGCCCCCAGUUUUCUUGGCUGUGGCACAGUCGCUUUGAGGGCCAGGUUCCUUCGGCUUCCUCCCGACUCCCCUGCUUCCCCCCGUAGGAUUCCCGUUGGUAUCGCCCGAGCCCCACCUCCCUCCUCUUCGCCCCCGCACGCCGAGAACAGGAGCCUCUCACGUGACCCCAGCGCGCUCCCGCGGGGGAGCGUAGUCUCGGAGGCGGCGCCGCAGGGGAUUGAGGGGUUGACCGAGCGUUACGCGCCGCAGCUUUCUCCCGAACGCCAGCGCUGAGGACACGAUGUCGCGGCUCUCCCGCUCACUGCUCUGGGCCGCCACCUGCCUGGGCAUGCUCUGCGUGCUGUCCGCGGACAAGAACACGACCCAGCAACCCAACGUGACGACUUUAGCGCCCGUCUCCAACAUAACCUCGGCGCCUGUGACGUCCCUCCCGCUGGUCACCACUCCGGCACCAGAAACCUGUGAAGGUCGAAACAGCUGCGUUUCCUGUUUUAAUGUUAGCAUUGUUAAUACUACCUGCUAUUGGAUAGAAUGUAAAGAUGAGAGCUAUUGUUCACAUAACUCAACAGUUAGUGAUUGUCAAGUGGGGAACACGACAGACUUCUGUUCUGUUUCAACGGCCACUCCGGUGCCAACAGCCAAUUCUACAGCUAAACCCACAGUUCAGCCCUCCCCUUCUACAACUUCCAAGACAGUUACUACAUCAGGUACAACAAAUACCACUGUGACUCCAACCUCACAACCUGUGCGAAAGUCUACCUUUGAUGCAGCCAGUUUCAUUGGAGGAAUUGUCCUGGUCUUGGGUGUGCAGGCUGUAAUUUUCUUUCUUUAUAAAUUCUGCAAAUCUAAAGAACGAAAUUACCACACUCUGUAAACAGACCCAUUGAAUUAAUAAGGACUGGUGAUUCAUUUGUGUAACUCACUGAAACCAAAAUACUAUCUUUCAAGAUGUCGUACAUGGAAGAUGCUAUUCCAGGAUCUUUAAAUUUCCAUGGAUGCAUAUAGGAUGUUUGGGAGCAUCAUCCAUGAAGAAAAAAUCAAUUAAAUCAUUGUGUUCAACAGGAAUAUUUAAAAUAUUCUGCAUGAAUCCUGUGGCUGUCUUAUUUUAAAUAGCUGCUGCUGUGGGAUUAUAGUUUUUUUUCCUUAACAUGCCAAAUAUAACUUUCUGUAAGUGAUGGAAAAUGUUGUGCAGACAACAUCAUGACUCUUGGCAGUUUAAAUUUAGUAAUUUUAAUUUAGUGAACAGAAUUGAGAAGAAUGUGCCAAAUGAGAAUCAAUUAGGUGGAUUUUUGGCUGUCAUUUCAAAAGUGGAAUAAAUUUAUUAAUUUAGUAGUACUAAAUGGUAUCCUUAGAUUAAAAUUUUGUGCUUGAUAACAGCUAUUUUUUCUACAUUAGAAAUAAGAUGCCACACAAGGAAUUACAUUCCAGAUUUAAAGAAAUGAAAGGAUACCAUUAGUGUGUAUAACAGGUUAUUGUUAUAUACUUGUAAAGCACCUUAUGUCAUUGAGAAAAUAAAGAACAGUGCCUUAGAAGACAGUGAAAGGUAAGCUCUAGCUUAAUGUCUAUGAUUUGUUCUUUGACAUUAAGGAAGAUAAGGAUUGGUCAGAGGAUGUAACUUGAUGUGAGCAGUAGUAAACCUGUUUUAGAUAUCAUACUGUUAAUAUUUUAUUGAAAAUUUAUUUCAGAGCGGAGAAACUUAAGCUAAAGGCUGUUGUACAAAAUUGAAAGCCUUCGUAUCUUGAACCUCCCAACAUUUUUCUUAUGGCUGUUGAAAAGUAUAGAGCUAAAUUGACUUAAUUACACUUUCCUUUGUACUUUAAAAAAAAGUAUGCUAGCACUAUUGUACCUUGAAAGGAUUUCCACCAGACUUUCUUGAGUAGUGACUUCUUUGGUGAGGCAAGAAAGAAAUACAUUAUUUUAGAAUCAUUUACUAUUUAAAUGAGACAAUCAUAUUAUUUUAGAAUCAUUUAUUUAAAUGAGACAAUCAUUUUAAGUUUUAAGACAGCAGAAGUGACCAAUGUAAUUUCACAACACCUAAGGAUUUUUUGGUUGAUCAGGUUACUGUAGAUUUUACUGAUUGUCCUGGAUGAAUAGACUGCUUUUUCUUUUUCUCUCCCUUCCUUUCUUCUUGGUUUCCCAUAGUAUAAUAAGCAUGCAUACUUUAACUUCUAUAGUUUUCUUGUUUAGAGGGUCUUCUUCAGUGUUAGAGGAUUACUUCUCCCUUGCCUUUGACUCAUUGGACUAGUGCAGAGGCUUUAAGUAGUUUAAAAUGGGCUUUUGCUUUUCUAGGUCAUUCACGUUUUUUAUUUAGUUUCUUUAGCCAAUAGUGGCUGAGUUUCGCACUUGAUUUUCAAUAUUUUAUAGUAAGAAACGACAAAUUGCUUUGGUUCAUUUCAUAAACUGAAACUCUGCAUUUAGAUAACUAUUAAAGGUUGUUAAGAUGAAGAUUUACUGUUUCUUUGUUACUUGUUGGUACAGCUGUUUGUUUUACUUGCACAUUUGUACAUAUACUUAAUAUUUUCAAGUGCCUUAAUUGUUUAAAAUCUCUGGCUUCAAAGUUUCUUGGGGAAAGGUCAGUUUACCUCACAUUUUUUGUUUCCAUUAGUGGUAUUCUAGGUACCUCACAAAAUGUAUUAUGGUGCCAUGGCUGUUAGUUUUUAGUGAGUGCUGUAAGAUUAAUUUGAAAAUAGGCAGAAUUCCAUUCCUCCCAAGGUGGCAUAAAUUAGCUACACUGAUGUAAUUGUCAUUUACCUGGGUAUGAAUUCCCUGACACACAUUAAUGUGAACAUAUGUAGCAAAUUUUGUGAAAAUGUAACAAUUUGAAGCUUCUGUAAUUUUGAGCACUGCUCUAACAACAAGCAUAAUAUAAAAUUAGUUAGAUUUUGCAAGUCUACAAAUGAGCUCUUGCAACAGAACUCACAGCCUUUUUACUUUUUCCCCUAACUUUAGCAAUGUAGUAUCUUGAGCCAUUAAUUUUUGGGUUUUUUUUUAAAUCCAGAAGGUAUAUAGAAACCUUUUCAGAUUUUUCAUCUGAUUUGUUCUUGCAGAUGUUCUUCUAUCAAAUACCUUAUUUUACCUUACAGAUAUUUGUUGCACAGGCAGAUACUGCUGUAUUUAGACAUUUCUAUUUCAGUUCAUUAAAAACUGCAAAACCAAUCUGUAUCAUGUACCAAACUGACUUAAAAUAAAUCUACGUUUAUUGAAUUAA